AUGACGACCAGCCAGCACAUUAGCAAGCUUUCGAGGGGGUACGCAAACGAGCAUCAAAGCGAUCCAAGCAGGCGAUUAAGCAAACAAGCGGACAUUCAUAGCUCAAGCGCAGUGGACUCCAACUCCUCAUCCUGCUUUUCCAUGCCGCUGUCGCAUUCGGCUGCAGCGGCAGGAAAAGAGUGGCCUCCCUUCUCCCCCUCGCUUCAUCUGCUGACAGCGUGCGUGCUGGCGCUGCUGGCAGCAGCGGUGGCGAACGCAGGGGGAGUGGGGGGAGGCGGUCUCUUUGUGCCGCUAUUCAACCUGCUGCUCGGAUACGACGCCAAGUCCGCCACUGCCCUCUCCAAAGCCAUGAUCAUGGGCGGAGCAAUCGCCAGUGCGUGCUUCAACCUGCCCUUGCAGCAUCCCUUCCAUCCCCACCUCCCCCUCAUUGACUUCCGGGUAGCGCGACUAAUGCAGCCCAUGUUGUUGCUGGGCAUCAGCAUUGGCAUCACAUGCAACGUUGUCUUCCCGCCAUGGCUCCUCACCGCGUUCCUCACGCUCCUCCUCUCGUGCAUGGCAGGGAAGGCGGCACAGAGGGCGGUGGCAAUGAUGGUCACAGAGGCGCACAUGGCAGCAGUGUGCCUGCACGGCUCAUACGGCACGCACCACACCACACCCCUCUCUCUCACCAUUCCCUGGCUGCUGGAGGCCCCAUCCUCUAUGGCCCAUCCUAGCCUGUCAGCAGCAUCGUCAGGUGCACUCAUGGCAACUCACGCGCUUCACCAACAACCACUGCCCAGUCCUGCCAAAGCCACACAGUCGUUCUGGUGGCCUGCGCUGGUACGAGCAGCGUGCGCAUCUCAGCACCUGGGAGUCAGUGCCAAGGCUCGGGAGGAGAAGGAGCAGGAGAACGAGCCUCUUCUCUCAGCAUCACCAGCUCUCGAAGCAGUGGCACCAGUGCCACCUGUCUCACCAGUAUCACCAGCGCCACCAGUGUCAGCAGCAGCACUGCAAGAACCAUCAGAGCGAGGGCCAGCAGCAGCAGCACCAGCGGCAGCACCUGCAAUACAAGCACCGGGAGCAACAUUGAACACAGCAGAUGCAAGCCAGCAGCAUGCCGGAUCAGCAAUCACAGCCGAUGGCACUGAUGGCACCGAUGGCUUUGGAGGGAGCGGCGUCGGCGGCAGUGGUGGCAGCAGGGGGUGGUGGAAGCAGAAGCGUGCAUCAGGAGGGUGUGCUGUGCCACUGGAGUCGCCUGUCAGCGAUGCCUGCUGCCCUGGGGUAGAGCAACAGCCUGGUGGUUGCUGUGUGCAUGCAGGCACAUGCUGCCGCCGUGCUGCGUGUGAGGAGGGAUACGCAGGGAGUGCUGAUUACGGAGGUGGGGAGUCCGAAACGGGCAAGGGCAAGCGCCACCGCACAUGGUCUGCAGGGCAUGUCUUGAAACCCUUUGUUUUCCGCUUUGCCUGCGGCGCUACCUCACGCCUGUCGGCCUCUCUUCUUGCUGGGUGCAUGGGGGGCCUGCUGGGAGUGGGUGGAGGCAUGGUCAUGGGACCAGUGCUGCUGGAACUAGGCAUGCUGCCGCAGGUAUCCUCUGCCACAUCAUCAUUCAUAGUGCUCUUCUCCUCCUCCCUCUCAGUUCUCGAGUUCUACCUGCUCGGCCGAAUCCCCAUCCCACCAGCCCUGCUCUUUGCCCUCGUAGCAGCGUUAGCAGCCCUGCUAGGCCUGUCCACCAUCAGAGCGCUAGUGGUGCGCUCAGGCCGCACGUCUCUCAUCGUGCUCUUCCUCUCGGUAGUGAUAGCCGCCAGUGCUGUGCUGCUAGGGGCGCUGGGGGUUAUGAGAGUACGCAGUGACUGGGAGUCGGGUGCGCCCAUGGGCUUCAGAGCGUUCUGUGGUGAAACAUGGUGA